AGUGUCCAAAAAGAGUGGCUUUUUAGAGCUGAAUAUGUUAGAAUAAAAGUGAACGUAGUAAUUAAGAUAUAAUUUUAAAAGAAUUAGGUCAAAGAAAGUGAAAAUUAAUUAUUAAAACUAAAUGGAAGUCAGUUUUAUUAAAAAUAUCAGUAGAUAUUCAUGGGGACUAAUCAUUUUUAUAACAUUCAAUACAUUACAAUGGAUGGCAAUGAGUCAGUUGAUACUUGAUUCGCCUACAACAAAUGAGGUUUUUGGUGAAUUUAUUUACGAUGAUUCUUAUUCUGAUGAUUUUACAAUACCUUCUUCUAAUGGAGUCGACAAUAAUUUUUCUAAAUUCAUUUUGUCACAAAGUAGAAAUAAUGUAACCGAUAAAACAACUCGGCAAGGUCUUGAUAUAACUUCACCGGAGAUGUUUCAAUCGAAAACUAUUGCACAAUUGUAUGCAGUAUUUCCAGGUACCGUUUGGUGUGGAAUUGGAAAUUUAGCUUCAAAUAGUCAAGUUUUGGGAUACUUUGCCCAAACUGAUAGCUGCUGUCGGACUCAUGAUAAAUGCAUGUUAACUAUACCCCCUGGAUCAACUAAAUUUGGUUUGAAAAAUGAUGGAUAUUUUACUCGAUCGCAUUGUUCUUGUGAUGAAAAGUUUUAUUUUUGCCUUAAGAAAGCUAAUUCCUUUAUUGCCAAUAAAAUUGGCUAUACUUAUUUUAAUCUACUGAGACCACAAUGCUUUCGAAAAGAGUAUCAAAUUGUAGCUUGUUUGAGAUGGAUUCAAAAACGAUGCAAGAUGUAUGUACUGAACCCAGGCGAUGGAAUGGAGUGGCAGUGGUUUGAUAACAGAGAAUUUUGAGUUAACUUUUUAUUAUAAUAAUAUUUAUUUUCUGU